AUGCCCCCUCCUCUAGGGCGCCCACGCUCACUCCUCUGCCACCCACGCACAAUCCCUUUCGUGCUGUUUAGUAACAGCAGCCCCCGUCCUCUCCCACAUUGCAACCCUAAACUCCAUCUACCCUCUGCUUCCCCUCUGUCUCCUCCCUUCUUCCCCCUUUUUGCGUUCACUGUCUUACAACCUUCUCCCCCCUCUCCCCUCUCUGCCUUACACUCUUCUUACCCCUUACCCCUCUCUUCCGUACACCAUUCUACCCCCACCUUGCGUUCUCUGCCUUACGCCCUUCUUCCCCCUUUGGCCUCUCUCUUCCCUACACCCUUCUUCCCCAUCUCCCCUCUCUUCCCUACUCCCUUCCACCCCCUUUCCCCUCUCCUAGUUACACCCUUCUUCCCCCACAAUGCCGGCUCUGUCUUACACCGUGCUUCCCCCUUGUUCCUCUAUUCCUUGCACCUAUCUUCCCCCUUUCCCCUCUCUGUCUUACACCCAUUCCCCCCCCAUUCCCUCUCAUCCUUACACCCUUCUUCCCCCACCAUAAGCCUUUACCCUCUCGUCCCUACACCCUUCAUCCCCCUCUCCGCUCUCUGCCUUACACCCUUCUACCCCCUUUCCCCCCUCUGCGUUACGCCCUUCUUCCCCCUUUUCCCCUAUCUGUCUUACACCCCUCUUGCUCUAUUCUCGACUUUGCCUUACCCCCUUCUACCGCCUUUCCACUCCCUCUGCCUUACGCCCUUCCAACCUUCCCUCUCUCUUCCCUACACCAUUCUUUCCCCUCUCCCCUCUCUGCCUUACUCCCCCCUUUCCUCUUUCUUCCCUACUCCCUUCCACCCCCUUUCCCCUCUCCUCGUUACCCCCUUCUUCCCCCACAGUGCGUUCUCUGUCGUAACCCCCUUCUUCCACGUUUCCACCCUCGGUGCCUUACGCCCUGCUUCCCCCUUUACCCUCGCGUGCGCCCUCCCCUCUGCGCCUUCAUCCCAAGUGCGCCCUCCUCUCUGCGCCUUCAUCCCAGGGGUGCCCUCCUCUAUGCGCCUUCAACCCAGAUGCGCCCUCCUCUCUGCGCCUUCAUCCCAGUCCUUGUCAUAUCCCUACUCUUGCUCAUAUCUUAUCCCCUCUCUCUGUCCAGGCCUAUUCCUACUCUUUGCCGUGUCCUACACCCUCUCCCUCUCUUAG